UGCAGCUUGCAUGUGCUCAUCUUCUUUGUAACCCCACACUAGGUUAAGUGAAUUCAGGUUCGAACUUGAACUUCCCUAGCAGCUAAGCAGCGUCAUGGCAUCAUGGAUACCCACCGUUGCUGCAGUCGGAAUGGCUAUCGGGCCCCCACUAGUCUAUGUCGAUCAAGCUGUGUCUAUCGUUCGCAAAAAGGAUUCAACAGGCUUCUCUCGUGACGUCUGUGCCAUUCUACUAAUCGCAAACAUCACUCGAUGUUUUUUCUGGUUGGGCGAUCACUUCGAGCUUGCCCUGCUGAUGCAGUCCAUUUUAAUGAUAAUAGCGCAGCUUGCCUUGCUCUACAUUUGUGUUCGAUACCGCCCCCGCGUGAGCCCUGAAAACUUCGGGGCGUCGUCGCGUCCCCUUUCGUUUUGGCAGUGGCAUACGUAUGCUCAAUAUAUCGAGUUUCUUGCUGGGUACAUUUUAUGUUCAGCAAUUUUGUUCUUGAUCUUGAGUCGAUCGGAGCUAUAUGUUAUGAUACUAGGGUUUGUUGCCUUGGGACUAGAGAGCACGCUGCCUAUUCCGCAGUUGAUCAGUAAUUACAAACAGCGAUCACUGUAUGGCUUCCGCGCUUCAACUCUCCUUGGAUGGGUGGGGGGUGAUUCGUUCAAGACUGUAUAUUUUUUCCUUCAGGGCUCACCCCUGCAGUUCAAGGUAUGUGCAGUGUUCCAAUUGUCAGUGGACUGUGGUAAGCGCCUUUCCCCUGCACGAGUUGACGUCACUAAGUGCUUUCCAAAGCCAUCAUCAUACAACGUCUUUACUAUGGCAAUGCAGCUCCACCGACAGUGCUGGAAGAGGGGGAUGAUCUUGAGCAGGAAGCUUUGGCACUGUCAGAAGAAUAGAGUGGAGUGUUAAUGGACUACGAUUUUAUGUACUUACAUGCCCUCUAUGCAUUAUAUUUGUUGGUUUUUCCGAA